AUGGAUCGUCUAUAUACAACACAUAAGCCAACAAAUUUAGUACAAAAAAGUAUUUUAGCAGUUGGCUCAGGUAUCGCAUCUAUAUUAGAUCCAUCACGUGAUGAUAUGAUAUCAAUAUUUGGUGAAACAACAGGUGUUUUAGCUUUAAAAUAUCUACAAGAAAGAAUGAUUAUUGAUCCGGAAGGUGAUGAAAUUCUUAAAAAACGACCUGCUAUAAAUAGUAAAACAGUGGAUUUGAAUUAUUUGAAAACACUUCCUGCUGGUACACUUGGCAAAGAAUAUUCAGAUUUUUUAGUUAAAUAUAAUUUGACACCUGAUGCACGUCGUCCAGUUUCAUUUAUUGAUGAUGUUGAAUUAGCUUAUAUCAUGCGUCGUUAUCGUGAAAUUCAUGAUUUAACUCAUGUUACACUUGGCAUGCCUAUCAAUAUGCUCGGUGAAGUUACUGUUAAAUGGUUUGAAGGUAUACAAUAUGGUUUACCUAUGUGUGUACUUGGUGCAUUUUUUGGACCUCUUCGUCUUGGACCAAGACACACAGCAAAAUAUCUCUAUUUAACAUUACCAUGGGUAGUACGUAUUGCUCGUCAAUCACGUCCAUUAAUAAAUGUUUAUUUUGAAAAACAUUGGCAUAAACCAUUAGCUGAAUUUCGUCGUGAACUUAAUAUACUUGAACCUCCACCUAAAAUUUGA